GAGAGGGAGAGGGAGGUGGGGGUUGUAGUUGAAAUGCUCGCUUCAUUCCUGUGUGGAGGAAGAAGUGAUCACUUCUCUCUCUCCUCCUCUCAGCUGCUGCCUUCCUUUCCUCUUCCUCCUUCAUCCCUUCGUUCUCCUCGGACACUGAAGCGUCGCGUUCUGCCCCGGAUGGAAGUUGCGCUCCGCGGAUCCACCGGAGAGUCCCGCAGCUUCUCCCCGUGAGGAGGGCGAUCUGCCCCCCCACCGUCCUGCGGAGCUCAGCGGCCCCGGAGGACCCGGGACUCGCACCCGCAGACAAGCCGACACGGAGGUGACGGCCUGUUGUUUUCCUCUGAGCUGCUGCGUCCAGGAAACUGUUGACUGACAAACACAAAAUGUCUCCGUCUGACGUCAGAUUGCUGAUCCUCUGUCUCCUGCUCCUCUUCACCACGGUCUGGAGCCAGCAGGUUCCCUUUAACUGUGUGAUCAAGCGGGAGCAGGAGAAAUGUCAGGAGAUGAUGGCCUCGGACGAUCCCGGGAACGAUCCCGAGUUCGGUUGUCCGUGGAUGUGGGACAACCUGACGUGUUGGCAGCCGGCGAAGAUCGGUGAGGUGGUCGAGGUCAACUGUCCCGAACUCUUCUCUCAGUUCAUGAGCGAGGAAGACUUCGAGGUGGGGACGGUGAGUCGGAACUGCAGUGAGUUCGGCUGGUCCGAGACCAUCCCCCACUACAUCGACGCCUGUCUGUACGAGGAGGGAAACAGCAGCCACCCGGACAUGUACUUUGUGUCGGUGAAGGCUCUGUACACCGUCGGCUACAGCACCUCUCUGGUCUCCCUCACCACAGCCAUGGUGAUCCUGUGCAGGUUCAGGAAGCUGCACUGCACCAGGAACUUCAUCCACAUGAACCUGUUUGUGUCCUUCAUGCUGAGGGCCAUUUCUGUCUUCAUCAAAGACGGCGUGUUGUACGCCAAAGAGGACAGCGAGCACUGCUUCAUCCACACGCUGGAGUGUCGAGCGGUGAUGAUAUUCUUCCACUACUGCGUCCUCUCCAACUACUUCUGGCUCUUCAUCGAGGGCCUGUACCUCUUCACGCUGCUGGUGGAGACCUUCUUCCCCGAGAAGAGAUACUUCUACUGGUACAUCAUCAUCGGCUGGGGGGCGCCCACCGUGUGCGUGACCAUCUGGGCGGUGCUGCGGCUGCACUUCGAUGACAUCGGCUGCUGGGACAUGAACGACAACGCUGCCAUCUGGUGGGUGAUAAAGGGACCUGUGCUGGCCUCCAUCAUGAUAAACUUUGUUCUCUUCAUCGGAAUCAUCGUCAUCCUGGUGCAGAAGCUGCAGUCUCCAGACAUCGGAGGAAACGAGUCCAGUAUUUACCUGAGGCUGGCUCGCUCCACUCUGCUGCUCAUUCCUCUGUUUGGGAUCCACUACACUGUGUUCGCCUUCUCCCCGGAGAACGUGAGCAAGCGGGAGCGUCUGGUGUUUGAACUCGGACUCGGAUCCUUCCAGGGUUUCGUGGUGGCCGUCCUCUACUGCUUCCUGAACGGAGAGUAUAUCCCUCAAGGUGCAAUCGGAGAUCAAGAGGAAAUGGCGCAGCUGGACGGUGAACAGGUACUUUGCUGUGGACCUGAAGCACCGGCAUCCUUCGCUGGCGAGCAGUGGGGUGAACGGGGGAACGCAGCUGUCCAUCCUCAGCAAGAGCAGCUCGCAGAUCCGCAUGUCCAGCCUGCAGGCCGAGACCCCGGCCACCUGAGCGCCGCCGCCGGGGACGCCACUCCCGCCACUGGACCUGACGCCGCCACAUCCACACCUCCCACCCUCGUCCCGAUGACCAGCCUCACCAACCCGUUCCUCAACCCGUACCCCAACCCGUACCCGGACGACACCGCGAUGGAAAUUGACCAGGUCUGACCUGCCUCGACCCCGAAACACGACUAAACCUGAACGCCAGACGCCAAAUAACCAGACACUUCACGUCCUGACCUCUGACCCGGAUCAGCUGGAGUGAAACUAACUCCUCUAGAAGGACGGGACUGAGGAAUCAAUCUAGCGUCUUGUUGGGCUGAAUCGUGCAGGAGCCGCGUGCUCGUUCCUCUGUACAUAACGUGUUCGUGUUGACAUCGUCUGGUGCUAGUGUCGGCUGCUGCUGGUGCGAGGGACCAGUGUGUUGCUGCAGAGACUCUGCAGCGUGUGUGCGUCGUCUCCCGGUGACGGUUCAUACAUUCGUCCUCCAGCUUCACCUCGUCUUUUUAAAACAUGUCCGACUGUAAUAACUUCACAGGUUCACAGCUGCUGCUCCGUUCAGAUUUAGAGACCAAACGCUGGUGGCUCUGAUGUAAAUACGUUAAAGGGCCGAUAAUUCAUCAAGUCUUAGAAAUCACAUUGACGAGAUUUUGAUUAUCAGCCGUAAAAGUUUAACCAUCCGAGGUAGACUCACCACAAGCUACGAGAUUGUGAAACAAAUAUAUGUUCUCCUGCAGAAGCAACAAGUUCGUACGAGAUCAACUGCGUUUUAUAAAGAAAACGUGUUUUAUUCACAACAUCAGAGAAGCGCCACACUACCCACAAUCCUCAGGUGUAGUGGCGACGUCUCUGAUUGGUGUAACUCACCGUUACCAUGGAAAUGUUGACCACAACCGCGAAAUUCAUGUUGGCUGUGAUCGGAUUGUUCAGCGUUAAGUUACUACACUACAUGAAACACUAUACACAAACAUACAAUACACAAAGUACAACAUAUUACAACACUAAAUAACAACUAGGUGAGAUUAAGGGGAAAAAUUACAGUCUUGUACAUUUUUCCAAUAUUUCUCUUCUCUGAAUGGUCGACCUGGUUCCAGAAUUCAAACUUUUUUUAUAAAUAUGUUUUUAUAUAAAUGUCGAUUGAGAAAAUUAAUGGGAAAUUUACUUUAGGAACCAGAGUGGUUCUAAAAGUGGACAAAUUGAGGGCACAGGGUUUAAAAGAUGCAGAGAUGUGAAGCAUUGUGGGAAAUGUAGUGUUUUUGGAGCUUUUGCUUCGUCCCUUGUGGGUUUUAUGAAGGUGCAAAGCAGCUGGAGUGACCCUUUAAUCGAGGUGCACAGUAAAACGCAGAAUUUGAAGGUUUGGGUUCAUGCUCAGUGUUAAACAAUGAGCUCGUCAUCGUUCUGCUCGAGACGAACGAGACGACGGCCGACUGCGUCAUUCCUGAUGUUCAGAGUGAAUGUGAAUGAAAGUAUUAUGAGUCACUGCUGAUACAAGCCUUCGUCUGCUGUGUAACAUGUGACUGAAAAACAAUCUGAUAUAUCGAAGACGAGCAGACUGAGGAACAUGGAGGAGAAGAUUCACCACAACAGGUGAAACCUGGAAAAAUCUGUAUUUAUGAGAAGGACAUAUUUUCUACAGUUAUGUGAAAAUGCCAAAAAGUUAAAAAAGAGUAGAAAACAUAGCAGGGCUGGAUGCUUGACUCAGAAGCGUCUUCUUUGGGUGUUUGUGCAGCGCGGAGGUUUCUGCCGACGACCACAAACCCAAACCUCUUUUUAGAUCCAACACUGACGACGUCGCAGCAGAAGAAGAAGUCGCCUUUCGGAUCAGUCUGUAGAUGUAACAGCCGCUAGUACAGAACAUGUCAACGAGCCUGUGACGCUUCGGUCACGAGUUUAACCGCUUGCAUGAAACUGCAUUUAUCGUCCAUGUGGUUUUGUCUACGGACUCUUUUUUGUGAGAAAUCUGUGUUUUGAUUGUUGGAUUUUUUAAAGAGUUUUUUCAUGAACUUUUAGUGUUUAACUUAAAGCUGUUGCUUUGGUAACGCGCUGUAUUACUGAUUUUUACUGUCACUUUGAGAAGCUGAGCUUCUUCAGCAGCUUCAACAUCGUACUGGUUCAUGUGAAGGUCUGAAACGUCACUGCACUUUUAAAAAAACUAUUUAAUGAUCUGUUUGGGAAAACUUGUUUCUGACCAUUUGAAAAAUCUCUUUUUUAUUUCUCACCCUGGGUCUUAUGUUUAUUAACGUGGGUAAAUGAAUGGUACUUACAAAAAUAUGUGCAGUAGAUCUUCUCUGCCAGCAGGAACGACACUGUGGCUACCAUGUAAUCGAAUGGGGAAACUGCGACAGUCCAAGAAAAGGCUCAAAUUAGGGACGAGUAUCGAAGUCAGACGCUUCAUCUACAUGGUCCAUGAUCAGAAGAAGAUGCAGACACACAACCUCUCGAGGCUGGAGAGUGAGACGUCUUGUUGUGUGAGACGUGUGACAUGUUGCCAGGCUCUUGGUGAAGACCCAGAAAAACUAUUUAAGCCUUUAAUUGGUGAAAAAAAAGAACUUUUAAAGAAUAUUUCCUAGACUGUCACAGUUGCCCCAUUAGAUUAGAUUGUACUGGCCCCGUGUCACAGCUGCCGGCAGAGACCAUCUACUGGAUCAAAUUAAAAAGUUUCAGUGAGAACCAUUAGUUUACUCUAUAAACAAAGGGGCCAGGUUAAAAAAUACUUGGAGGGUUUUUCUUUUUCUAAUGAGCUGCAGUAUCUUUGUCGCUCUGUAGGUGUCGCUCUACUUACAUUUAAAACAAGCACACUGAGGUGGAUGUCACUUUUGAAGGGUGACUUUAUUCUCCGGGGGGGAAAUUCUCUCGUUCCAAAGAUGAAUUAAUCGACUCCUCUCUGAGUUUAUUUUGCCGUAUCUGUUUGCGAAGGCUGCGUUAGCUUUGCAACCGAUGUCACUGCAGAUGUUUCCUUUGGUCCAAGUCGACCACGAAUCCCUGAAAACGUUCGAACUCCACUUUGUGUCUCAAAAGUGCCUUUAAGCACAAAACACGUAUUUUUAGCUUCUGUUGAUGAUUUGUUAAAAAACGAAACUGCAAAGUAAAGACAAGGGUUUGACAAAGUGCUUUUAAUGAUGCUUAAGACUAAAUCAGUGUUUUUAACCUGGAGGCCUUCAAAGUACUUUAACUCGUCUGUGUUGACGACGAGCGGGAAAACAAUUCGUGUUUUUAAUUAAACUUCUACUGAACAUUUACUCAUCGUUGUACAAUAGAUCACAUGAUAAAAACCUUUUACUUUUAUUCUUCAACAGAUUCAUCCUGCAUCUGUUUUUCUCUUCAGCAGAAAAGUGGAAAUGACUGAACUGUAAAAAAAGUUCUUUUUUUAAAAAUCUCACAAAAUUUCUCGUUUCUCCAAAGACAGAAAUAAUUUAACUGAAACUACAAAACUACAAAACAUAAUUUGUCAUUUCCUUCAUAAAUACACACAAGUUGUUGUAAUAAUAGAGAAGCACAUCUCCUCAGUUCAGUUAAAUUCACACUAUACAUUUUGUUCGCAGGUAAAAAGACGUCUUGAAAAAAAGUCUUCAAACUGAAUGACUUAAAAUAACAGUUUAAAUUAUUAUAUUGAGCGAUUGGUUUUUACUCUUAUUUAUAAUUUUUAAACAUGUCACUUGCAGCGAGACCCAGAAUUUAGAAACUACAAAAGUCACAAGUUUUUAAUAAAUCACAUGAUCUGGAUCAGCAGCAAGUUCAAGUUUGAACUUUUAAAAAAAACUUCUCCUUCCAUCGUCUGUAAAAGUUUUUUCAGUUAAAUCAACCGUGGAGGAAAAGUCCAUUAAGAGCUCAGAAAAAUGUCGUUUUUGAAAACAAAACAUUUCCAGACAUUGAAAUAUCGUCACUGAUAUUAUGAGGAAGAAAUGUUUAAAGAUCUAUUUCCUUUGUGACCUUGACACACAGACGUCUUUUGACCUGCGAACAUGAAUGUGUUUUCUGCCGAGUCCAGAGAGAGAAGAGAAUCGAGGGCUGACCAGAAACUGUAUCGUCCUGUUGUUCUGCUGUGUCUCUGUUUUCAGUCCCACCUGCAAUAAUAACAGUGCAGGUCCUAACAGCGGCCAUAAGGGGGCCCUGUCCCAUCUGCUGAUGGUGGGGGGGGGGAGGGCUGAACAAUCGCAGACCUCUGGUUCAAUUCAACCUUCAUUUCAAACAUUAAGACAAUCUCAGUUUUUGUUUCUCGAUGUAUUUAUAGAGGAUUUCCUCCAGUGUGGGGUCCGGGAGUUGGAGCCGUAUUGUUGCCAGUACUAUGUUGAUGUCAGACAAAGAUGUUUCCAUGAGGAUAAAUAUUCAUUUGAGCUCUGAGUAGUUAGUGGAAGUGUUUGAAAGGUCUGUAGCCAAACGUCGUGACUAAAUAACCUGCAGUUUGACUGUAAGCCCACAGAGACGAGCUGUUGUUCCCUGUAAAUGAAGUUUUCUGUGGUGAAUAGCUGUCGUUUAAAAAAAAAAGGAAAAACCUUUGCGCUGUGAUUGUUCUCAUGGUUUUUAUUGUUAUUUUCUAAAUGGUGAUCGUGUUGGUAUCGUGCCUCCCGCGAGGCCCCUGUACUCUCUGAUGGGCCGAUGCAUGCGUGUUCAAUCGUGCUGAUCUCAUUCCGGUGGCAGACGGAACCGCGAGGGAGGAACCGGCUCUCGGGACAUUACCAGGAACCUGAGCUGCGUUUCCCAGCUGAUUAAUAAAACAGAGAUAAUGGUUUUCUACUGUGAAAGAUUUAUCUCAACCGUCACACACUUUUCCUUUGAAUGUUAAUCUUCCCCCGAACAGGAGGAAAAGAAAAAGUGCCAUAAAACUGCUGUUUGUUCCUUUUGUUCUCGGUGUUUUUACUGCAAAGCAUGAAACGUUAGAUCUGGAGCUGUUCCGGUGGUGGCUGUUCUCCAGUGCUUCGUGGUGCUCGGCGGUGUGGCUGAAUGUAAACGUGACUUAAAGCACUCGGCUGUGAGCCCGCUUCGCUCAGCAGCUUCUUGUUCUUCAUCUCCACUGCACCGUUUCUCUUCUGUUCUGCACAGGAGAAGGUUUCUUUUUGUACAUUAUAUAAAUAUCGAACAAUAAAUGUUUCUAACUUGU